CCACAUCCCUCGCUUUCAAGCGUUCAAAAAAAUUCCCAAUUUUCUGUGACAAAAGAGCUCUUCGAUUUUUCAAAAAUGUCGGGCCGUGGAAAAGGAGGCAAGGGAUUAGGAAAGGGAGGAGCUAAGAGGCAUAGGAAGGUUCUCCGAGAUAACAUUCAGGGCAUCACCAAGCCGGCGAUUCGGAGAUUAGCUCGUAGAGGCGGCGUGAAGAGGAUUAGUGGCUUGAUCUACGAGGAAACUCGUGGUGUUCUCAAGAUCUUCCUUGAAAACGUUAUACGUGAUGCCGUCACCUAUACGGAGCACGCUAGGCGUAAGACUGUCACCGCUAUGGAUGUCGUUUAUGCUCUCAAGAGACAAGGAAGGACUCUUUACGGUUUCGGUGGUUGAUUUUGGAUUUUAGGGUUUCUAUUUUGUAACAGUUUCUUGUAGGAUGUAUUUUCGUUUCGAAUUACGAUGAAUUUCUCUGAAAAUCUCGUUUCAAAAGCUAA